CCGUUAUGCGUUGCAUUGGUGUCGUUGCUCUCUCUCUGUGUUCCUAAAAUUACUCUCUCCCUCCCCCUUUCUCUCUCUUCUCUAUCUGUUUCUGUUUCUGUUUCUGGAAGAAAUUGCUGUAUUGAGAAGUUGGUCCUCUCUGUAUCUCGUUUGUUUGUUAAUAUAUACACGAUGUUGUCUUCCAAAAUGGGUUGGGGAUUCUGUUUGUUGCAAUUUCACAUUAUUUGACUGCGAAAGUGCUCUUGUAUUAAAUAAACUUCCUGUGUUUAUUAUUAUUAUCAUCAUCAUUAUUAAAUAGAGAAAUAGAGGAAGAGACAAACCUAGAGAACAGGUUUGAGGGAACUUUGCAUUUGAAUGGUGAAGCUUUACGACAACAACAUUCGUUGGAGGUGGAUUCUUUGGUUAUGAAAGUCCGUCGUCCCCUCCUUGUUCUCCAAAACCCCGACAGAUUUGAUUGAUUGAUUCUUGGAUUGCCAUGGCGUCUCUUGUUGCACGAACGGGCAGACUCCGCCAGCGUUAUGACAACAAUCUUAGGCUUGUUUCUGGGUGUAUUCCUUACCGGGUGACAAAAGGUGAUGAAGAUCAUAACAUUGAUCUUGAGAAUGAAAUAGAAGUUCUCAUGAUUUCUUCACCAAAUCGUGAUGACCUGGUGUUUCCAAAGGGUGGAUGGGAGGAUGAUGAAACUCUUGAAGAAGCUGCAUGUCGUGAAGCAUUAGAAGAAGCAGGAGUGAAAGGAAUUCUUAAAGGAAAACCACUAGGAGUUUGGGAGUUUCGGAGCAAGAGCAGUCAAGAAAUAUGCAGGCUGCAGGAAGGAGGCUGCAAAGGUUAUAUGUUUGCAUUGGAGGUGACGGAGGAGCUUGAGGACUGGCCGGAGCAGGGAAACCGGGAUAGAAAAUGGUUGUCCAUCAAAGAGUCAUUCAAACUGUGCCGGUACGAGUGGAUGCGUAGUGCCCUGAAGGAGUUUGUGAGAAUAAUGGCUGAAGAUGAUGGGACACAUGAGAUGCGAGAAGAGGAGGUAGUGGAGCCAUGUCGUCCUGUUCCAGUUUCAGAUUGUCAAAUUUUGGCAACAAAUUAUUGUUAUUUAAUGCAUUCUGGAGGUGCCCAAAACCAUAAUAACAUUAUUAGCACUACUACUAAUACUACUAGUAGUACGAGGAGGACUAGGAGUACAUCAUUGAUCUGGCAUGAUGGUAGCAAGUACUCAUCCAUCCCAGGACUGUUGGAAUCAUGUCAACUUGUCUGCAUAAAAGCGGGGGUAAGGUUGUCUGCAUAUUAUCACUCUUAGACCCUAUGUAGAGCAGCCAAGUCUGCGAAUACACCUUGUAAGAGUGGAUAUGGAUAUCUUUUCUUUUCCUUUUUAUUUGGGAUUAUAUUAUACAUAUGAUGAUGUAUUAUGCUUCCUAAUUAAUCCUGGCAUAUUCUGUGAUAGGGUUGCCAUUAAUUUUAGUUUCAGGUUGUUGUUCUUGCAACUGGUCUUUAAUUUUAUGUAGUGCAAAUAAAUAGGGUCUUGUAUUAUUAAUCAAUGCUUUCGUUCCAC